AUGGCGAUGACGCUGACGGUGCGGCGCCGCGCGGUGUGCGCCCUGGCGCUCCUCGCGCUGCUCUGCGGGGCGGGAACGGUGGCGGCGGCUGCCGCGCCUCCGGUGAUUGUGGCGGUGGAGGUGUCGUGCGCGAGCGCCGAUAGAAAAAUAAGUUGGCGUGUGGCUGGUGAGACGACGUCCGCUUGGAAAGAGUGCCCGGAAGCGGUGGAGGUUCCCACGGCCAUUACAGCCGCGCCUGCCAGUCAGCCCAGCCAAAAGAGCGGCGGCAGCGACUUCAUCUGCGCCUGGGCGGGAACGGCGUACCUCUCCGCCGGCCCGAGGACGAACUGCGCCGCGGCUUCAGCGGGGGGCACCCAGAACGUUGCGCUCACGAUGCACUGUGCGACGGAUGACAAGAGUGAACUGCACACGCUGGCGAAGGGACAAAUCGUCACCGUCACUGGGACUGACGCUUCACUUCACCAGGCAGGCGACUGUGCGUUGCAAACCACGACUGCAAGAGAGGCUGCACUGCUGCAGCCUUCACAAGGGCACUCAUCGCCACCACAAGCGGCAGCAUCACCGACGAUCAAUUCGGCCCCCAGUGGGCCGACGCCUGAAGGCUCCACGGCUGCUGCUGGGGAGCGAAGCAGUCAGGCUCCCGCCGGAAGACAGGAGACAUCAACAGAAAAUCGUCCGGCAACUGCAACACCAUUGGCUGGCACUGCGGCUCAGUCAACAGCCGCGGCAGGCAAAGCGGCGGAUGGAGCCGCCAUUACCACAACGACGGCCACCCGCAGUCCCAGUGAUGGGGGCCACACAAAAAGCAAUGCGGACGGCGGUGACGCCAUCCUGUUUCUGCGUGCCCCACUGCUGUUACUCGUGGCUGCCCUUGCCUGCACUGCUGCGUAG